CAGAUGGUCGCUGAACGAGAGUAUGCUGGAAAGUAUACCGGGCAGCCGUGGUGGCUGAUUAUCCUUCGCAGAGUCAACCUUGUUAUUAUCGGCUUGACCGGCUCAUUUGUAUUGUAUACUCGUUCCGCCGGCGCUCUUUAUUUCUCGGUGGGCGCUGUAAUAUGCAGCCUAGUGGUCAAGGCUCUCAAACGCGUCGUUCGCCAGCCAAGGCCUGUACUACGCAGCGACAGGAAGAAACCAGCUUACGGAAUGCCCAGCACACAUUCCGCUACCAUCACGUUCUUCGCCGUCUAUAUUCCCCUGGCCUGUGCAUAUCUCCCCAUUCACCCGUCGCUGCCUUCGGGGCAAGCCAUCCGGGUACUACCUCCAAUUCUUAUGCUCCCUUCCGCUGUCGUCGUCGCUGGCUCCCGUAUAUGGCUCGGUAAGCACACCCUGGCCCAGGUUGCAGUCGGAUGUUGCUGUGGUGCUGCCUUUGCUGUGGCAUGGUUUCAUCUAUGGACGCAUGGCGCAAACCAUUAUGGUAGACAGUUAGAGGAUCUGUUUCAUCCAUACACGCAUCUAAUAGUCUCGUAAUAGUUAAUUGUUACAGCAACGAUGUAUAACCUAUCUUAUCGG